CCGGCCGGGAAGGGGCGGCCUUCCCGCCCGGAAGAGGCGUGGCUCUUCGGAGGCGGCAAAUUGCAAGGAGACGCCGCCGCCUUCAUGCUGCCCGGGGACUGCUCGCGGAGGCUGGUGGCCGAGCUGCAGGGCGCCCUGGACGCCUGCGCAGAGCGACAGCUGCAGCUGGAGCAGAGCCUGCGCGUCUGUCGUCGGCUGCUGCAGGCCUGGGAACCAACCGAGACCCGGGCUUCGGAGCCACCUCCAGGGCCAGAAACUAAUGAAGAGGACCCGUCUCCAGCAUGCGCACCCAGUCCACAAGACCUCAAAGAGCUGGAAUUUCUGACCCAGGCACUGGAGAAGGCUGUACGGGUUCGAAGAGGCAUCACUAUGGCUGGAGAAACAGACAAGGCCCCCAGCCUGAAAUCUAGGUCCACUGUCGCUCCUCCUGGCGCGAUAGCCAUUGCCCCACCCCAGACCCCAGGCCGAGCUGGUGGCCAUGCUUCAGACACGAGACCCACCAAAGGCUCCUGCCAGACCACGGUGCCUCCCAAGGGCCACUCUGAGCGCCAGCUGCUGUCACUGGGGGAUAAGACUCGUGUCAGGACAGGAGCUCGGGCCCCCAGGCCUGGACCGGGCCUCAGGGACCAGCAAAUGACCCCAUCAGCUGCUCCUAAGGCCCCAAAAGCCUUCACACUCAAAGAGAAGGGGCACCUGCUGCGGCUGCCUGCGGCAUUCAGGAAGGUGGCUUCCCAGAACGCGAGCCUGUGGGCCCAGCUCAGUUCCAUGCAGACCAGUGAUUCCACAGAUGCCACUGCUGCCAAAACCCAGUUCCUCCAGAACAUGCAGACAGCUUCAGGUGGGCCCCAGCCCAGGCUCAGCGCUCAGGAGGUGGAGGCGGAGACGGGGCGCCUUUGGAAGGCCUGCACGCUGCUGAGACUGCGCAUGAGGGAGGAGCUCUCAGCAGCCCCCAUGGACUGGAUGCAGGAGUACCGCUGCCUGCUCAUGCUGGAGGGGCUGCAGGCCAUGGUGGGCCAGUGUCUGCACAGGCUACAGGAACUGCGUGCAGCGGUAGCAGAACAGCCACCAAGACCAUGUCCUAUGGGGAGGCCCCCCAGAGCCUCACCAUCCUGUGAGGGUGGAGCAGAUCCUGCAUGGAGCCCCCAGCUGCUUGUCUACUCCAGCACCCAGGAGCUGCAGACCCUGGCAGCCCUCAGGCUUCGAGUGGCCAUGCUGGACCAGCAGAUCCACUUGGAAAAGGCUACUCCUGGGCACCCCAGUCUGCAGGAGCCACUGACUCACUGGAAGCCCUCAUCACACUGCAACUGUACACUCCAUGGGUUUCCACAGCAAGGUGGACUCUACCCAGCCUUAUUUCACUGGCUGACUUGGUUUAUCCCCCAUGUCUACUGGAUAUGUGCCCCAGGAGGGCAGGGGCGCUGUCCCCCUCCACCCUGGCCAGGCCCUGAUGAUCCACCUAUCCCGGGGCCAACCCAGGGCACGGUGGCUUCCUGGAGCAGGGAGGUGGCUGGGAUAGCUUUGUGGGAGCCCUGAGGAGGCCCUGACAUAGGGGUCCAGGGCGGGAAAGACACAUCCUCCGACUAACGCCCACCCACCGCGAUUCCCCUCCAAAACCUGGAGGCAGCAAGAAC